AUGGCGAUUUCCUGGGGCGCCCUCCACGCGGCCGUCGCCGCCUCCUUGCUCCUGGCCGCGGGCCAGCCUCCACCCUCAUCCAAUGGUGGGCCCCCUGGCGCGCCCCACGGCCCGUUCCCGGCGGGAUGCAGGUGGCGGGAAAGCGCCGCUGGCGGGCGACGCGAGUACUGGAGGGAGGAACAGCGCGCCUGGGCGCCGGAGCCGCUUCCCGAAGCCUGCCUGGUGCGCGGACUGGCGCGGCCCAAAAGGCACCAGUGGCAUGAUGGUACCCCACAUUCGCAGCUUUCUUGCACGAAUGAAUACUGCAGCUGCAGAAAUUUGUGGUACAACAACGGCCAAUGGUACGUCAUUGUUAAGGAUUCGAACCCAGUGAGGAAUUUCAUGAUCAGCCGGAAUCAGGAGAUCAGGGCCGUCCAUUUCUCCAAGCCCUCAAAGUUUGUCGACGCUGUUCGGUGGCGGGUUGUUCCUGGAGCCACCCUCCUCUAUGACUACGUUUACUUUCUGCACCCAAACGCAAUCGGACACUGGCUGGAGUUCGUGGCGCCGCUGUUCAGCGUCCUGAGGCGCGAUAACACCGGAUUCCCCACGCCCCCCCGGCAGUGCGUGCUGCUGCGCAUGAAGCGAUCUCACAUGGGCCCAUGGGUCCGAUCGACGCUGUCGCUGGCGGUCGGGGCGCCGCCCGAGGGACCUCUGCCGCCCCUGAUGUUCCAGCAAGAGACCGAAGGCAUCUACGGCCAGCUGUGUAUGCAAAAUCAGAGCUGCCUGCGUUGCGAUCUUUAG